AAAACAUUUCGCACUUAUGUUUGAAGGUAACUCCAGGUAUAGUUUUAGCUUUUAGAGUUUUAUAGAAUCAGGCUAUUGUCUAUUCCAAUUCAUAAUUUAUAAACAAAAUUUAAUAAAAUUCAUUCGCUACUUUUAAUGUAAGUCAAUAUACAAACACACACAUACUCACGAACCUUUCAAAGUAGAAAAAUAUUAAAAUAACAUCAGACUUCAAGCAUUUAGGUAUUUUUGAUUAUAAGUGAAUAUGUAGAGUGCCUUAUUUAUAUUAAAUUAAGAUAUUUGGUUGUUUUUCUUAUUUGGAUGAGUGUUAUACAGCAAUAUUAAUUGAACAACACAACAGAUGUACAAAAUUUAUUAUUAUUAAUAUAUACUCUUAAUUUUUGAUAAAAUUAUUGAAAUAUUAGUCAAUACUUAAUGGUUAUUUCAAUCUUUAAUAUAAGCAUAUUAGAUAUUCAUAACAUUUUAGAUGCGGAUGGAAUCUCGUAGCACAAGUGUAGUGGUUCUGUAAAUCUUUUCUUUAAAUAAUACAUUUUAAUACGCUACUGCAUUUCAUUUAUAGAUUUCUUAUUUUCAUAUUAGUGAGGAAUAAUUUAAUUUGAGGUUUUGUACUCUGGUUAUAUCAAUGACACAUGGCGUUAGCAUGUCAAAUGUCAAUGUCCAAUGACAACAAAGAGAGAAAUAUGCAAAUUAUUAAGAGUAACUUCAAGUGACAGCUUCAAUACUAAAUAUACCCGUGUCUUUAUAUAUGUUAUUUUUAUUAAAAUGCAACAUGUGAUUGUAUUUUAAUAAUGUAAUACCAUAAAUGCUCAUUCAGUUGGAGUGUGUGUUCUUAGAAUUGAGAAACUAUGGAUAGUCCUAUGAAUCGCUACGAACAACAGCUGUAUAGUGUGUUCAAAACCUUCGACAUAGAUAACGAGGAAGCCUUAAAAAGGUCAGCAGUACUUCAGCUCUGUGACUCUUUACAGCUUGAAGAUCGCGGCGCGGCGCUCGUGGACACUCUCUUUGACCGACAGAGCGACCGUAUCACAUUUUCACAAUUCCGCAACGGGUUGCUCUCCGUCCUAGAUAAAGAUCCCAUAAGACGCCAAGAGAACUGCUCGAGUAAGGAGAGUGUCGUCCCCAAGACCCCGAGCCCGGCCCAGAGCGACGACGACUCAAGAGAGGUGGGUGCUAAAUUCGCUUUCGGUUCGGAGAGGUACGGGAGACGAUCACGGCCUCAUCGCGUCACCGCGGAAGACACACCGCGUCCUCGGGUGGCGUCGGAAUCUCGUCUCGACAGUGUGCGGGCGAGGCGACGUAUGAGGUGCAAGAGGAGCUCGUCUGCGAUGGAGAGUCGCGAGGACGACGUGACUGGUCUGGAACUAGACCACGAGCAACGCGUCGACCGAGAUCGAGCUCUCGCCCUGUGCCGGGGACUCGACAUGCAUGGAGUCGACCGGUUUCUAGUCGACCGCGUCUUUGCAGCCUCCGAUGAGAAUGAGGUGACGGUGGGCGAGUUCUUCGAUCGACUGAACGCCUCGCUUACGACUUCCAUUGAAACGUCUCUAGAUGGAGGUAUUGUGGAAGGUGAUUCUAAAUCAGAUUCUGACAUUGUCUCGAGUGAUACAGUCGUAGAGACCUGGAAACGAGCUGGUGUCCGAAAACCGAUGGGGUUAUUAUUAGAGCUAGGUUUCGGAGAAGCCGCAUUACGGUUGCAGUCUCUCGAACACGUGCUCGACGAUGAGUUACGAGCAAACUCCUCGCAAACGGACUCACGUUUGCCGCUAGCCGCAUAUUCACUAUCACGUAUACGUCUAGAAUCUGUCGGGCGACUCUUGGAAGUCGCUCGUGGUGAACGGGACAAACUCCGUGAAGACCUCGGUGAAGCAAACCGACGUGCCAGGCUGCUAGCACAGGACGUGGACGAGAAUCACGAUCGCAUCGAAGCCGAGCUGAAGUCGAGGCUGCGUCAAAUGGAGGCCCGACACGCCGAGGCCGUUCGCGUUGCGGCCGCCGAAGCCGGGGUCGAGAGGGAGCGAGCCGCUGUAGCGAGAGUCGCUCUAGAGGAGGAAGCAGCGCGUCGGGCGGAUACAGAGAUUCGUCUUCGGGACGAAAUAACUUCACUUCAAGAACGCAUCGAAGAAUAUCAGGAGCGUGCUGCGGCUGCAGAGGCUCGGUGUGAACACGCGGAGCGCGAGCAGAGUAGGCUGCAAGAGGAAUUGCGGCGGGCCGAGGAGCGUGACGCAGAGAGGGCGUCGCGGGAGGAAAUCGCUAGGGACGAGCUCGAGACUCGCUUAAGAGAAUCGAGGGAGGAGCGAGCUCGCCUGAGGGACCGCUGCGACGAGCUCGGCGCAGCGCUCGAGGUGGCGGGGGCCACGAGGUUGGCGAGGGAAGGAGCCGCGCGCUGCUGGCGGGACGAGGUGGAUGCGCAGGCGCCGGACUCGUUGCCUGAUGUGUGUGACCUCUCGCUGCAAUCUUUUGAUAAGAAAGAUGCCCAGGAAAUAAUAGAGAAGUUGAUGACGUUUCUGACUAAUAUACGAGAAAUAUCAGUUGGAGACGGGAACAGCUGCGCCUCGUGCGACCAUAUUGCGAAAACCGCUGCGACUUUCCGGGAAGCGUUAAGAAGCUCAAGAUAUGAAGGCGCAGACACGAUAGGACAUAAUCACGUGACGGAGAGGGACGACGAAGGGGCCCAGACUGACCUCGAGAGCGUCCAGGAGGUGGAGGCUCUGAAGAAGACACUCGCGGACCUCGAGCACGAUCAUCGCGUGGAAAAAGAUAGUCUAACGAACGUCGUAAAGGAACUGGAGACAAGUUUAGAGCAAAUGAAAACGGAAUACGAAAAAUGCGAGGAAUACUGGAGUGACAAGUUGGAGGAGGAACGGGAGGCAUUCGCGGAGGAGCAGCGCGCCGGGGAUGAGAGGCUGGCGGACCUCGCGGCGCGCAUCGCGGACUACGAGAGACAGUUCGCGCCCGCGCCGCUACCCACCAUCGACGAAAGAGAUCAGCUCGAGCUGCAGGUCAACCAGCUGCAGGACGAGUUCGACACCUACCGCAGGACUCAUGAGGCCGAGCUCGCCGCUAAGUCGGAGGAGCUGCGCAGACUUCACCGGCGGCUGGAGGCGGCCGAAGGCGCAUCCUGCGUGUGCGGCGGUGCGGCGGCGGCUCGAUGGCGGGCGGCCGUGUGGAGGGAGGCGGGGGCGCUGCGGGCUCGUGCUGGGCGGGCAGAGCGGGCGGCUCACAGGCUCCACGCGCGACUCGCGGCCGCCGACCUUUUGGUCAAGGACCUCUACCUCGAGAACUGCCGCCUGGCGCACGGACCGCGCCUGCCCUGACGCGCGGCCUCACUGGUCGCCUGGAGGUUGUAGGCUGUGUGUGUGAGUUUUGUGAUCUCGGUCUAUGAAAAAAUUGAGACAAUUUUAUAUGAGUCGAUAUCCAGUGACACACAGAGCACACAAAAUAGACUUAAUCAUACAUGAUAUAUUAUAUUUGUUUGUAGAGUAACACAACUAUGAUGUGAUAAUGUUUUUCACUUUUACUUCCACCUUUAACAUUAACUGAUGCCUCUGUGCCUGAACUGGAUUUAAUAUUUUGUUCAUGUCUAUCAUUUUUACCAAAAUAAGAAUACAACGUUUGACAUGCAAACUUCUCAAAGGAUCACUUUGAGGUUAAGUCCUGGAGGAGUAUGAAGUGCCUUUAAUGUGAACUACACGUGAAGCCUCAUUAAAUGUAGAAUUCAAUUGUAUAUAAUAAAAUUUGAUAUCAAUGUUACGUUCACGGAUGAAGCAACAUAAUACUCCAUUUUAAAUUUUUCUCUGCUUAUUUUUACUGCAUCUGUUCCUGCGCACGUCAUCUGUCUGAUCUGAUCGUGUUAUAUGUAUAGCCAAUUGGAUUUAGAUGUGUCAUUGUAAGAGAAGUCUCCAACAGCCUCAGUGGUUCAAUAAUAUACACUGAUAGUAAGUAAGUAGUAUUCCUGUACUGACAUUGUGAUUUCAAUUGUUGCUAAUGUCUUAUACCCCUCAUGACCAAUCGUUGCAUAAGUCAGUAGUAAGAAGUUGUAUAAAAUGUAAAUCCUAACAGUAUCAGGAUGACCUCAUCUCAUAUCAAUGUGUUGUGGCUAGUGUUGGAGGUCAUUGACUCCCACAGAUUUAUUUAAAUGUCAGAUGUUUGUAUAUUUGCAUCUCGGCCGAUGCCUGUUAUGGGUGUCACUGUUAGUGAAGCAUCCUCACUGGCGGAUGUCUGCUUUUUUAUAUAAUAUUAUAUGUAUAGUAUCACAUGCAGUGCCUUAAUGUUAUGGAUUUCUAAGAGAAUUCUAAAUGUUCCUCACAUUUAUUUUUUAAUGUUUCUGACUUAGAUUAUUUAAAUAGUAUAUUUACUAAGGCCAGAGAAAAAAAUUAAAGAAAUAACGUGUGAACAGGUGUGAUGGGUGUAGUCUGUUCCUAAAACAAACAACCUCGGAAUGACCAGAGUCCAGAGGUGCCGCUGGGAUUUUAUGUGAAUGUAAACGUACGUUGUGAAUUAUAUUAUUAAAAGCCGAAAGUUCAGAUUCAUGUACCUAUAUUGUAUUCGUCACAUAACUUUAUAUACAAACAUGUCGUCGCACCGUUGGCUACGUUCCAGCUGACGAUUCUCAUUCAGACAUUUUUUGGGACUCGGUUAAAGUUAACAAUAGUAUAUUGUUUGUGAUAACUGCAUAGAUGUUAACCUUCAGGUUACACCGGACAUGUCCUUGGUUCUAGUUCCUUCUAGUUAUUUUGAAAUACUCAUUGAUAUCCGGAUGCGUCUACACCACACACUUCACACGAGACGCUACACUCUACUGUGUACUAUCUGAUCGAUUCCAAUUACUGCUGGUAGUUGGUGAAGUCGUCUUCAGAUAUAUUUCAGAAUAAAACUUUAGAUUUAAGUGGCGAGGUUGACAACACGAAUUACAAAAUGACAGACAAAUUAUGAGUGAUGAAUGAGUGAUUAUAAAAAUAAUAAUUUAAUAAAAUGUUGAUCAUCGA